UGUCACGUGGAAUACAUGUGUGUGUUGACCUUAUGCAACAUGGCGUCUUCCAGUGUAGGAGGUAGUGUUGGUGCCUCACAAGCAUCUAAGUCAUCUAUGAAGAAAAUUAAAGACAGAGAAGAGAAAGCUGAACAACCAGAACUGCUUACUGUGCCAGAUGGAUGGAAGGAACCGCAGUUUACCAAAGAAGACAAUCCAUGGGGGCUGCUGGAAGAAAGCAGCUUUGCUACUCUGUUCCCAAAGUAUAGAGAAGCAUACUUGAAGGAGUGUUGGCCCCUUGUGCAAAAUGCAUUGAAUGAACAGCACAUUAAGGCUACUUUAGACUUAAUAGAGGGCAGUAUGACUGUAUGUACUACAAGGAAGACGUUUGAUCCUUACGUUAUCAUUAGAGCCAGAGACAUGAUUAAGCUUUUGGCAAGAAGUGUUCCUUUUGAGCAAGCUGUCCGAAUUCUUGUAGAUGACAUGGCAUGUGACAUAAUUAAAAUAGGCUCUCUAGUCAGAAACCGAGAGAGAUUUGUGAAAAGAAGACAGAGACUUGUAGGACCAAAGGGAUCAACACUGAAGGCCUUGGAACUUCUCACAGAAUGUUACAUCAUGGUGCAGGGGAAUACUGUGGCAGCUAUUGGACCAUUCCGUGGCUUAAAAGAGGUCAGAAAAGUGGUAGUUGAAACUAUGAAGAACAUUCAUCCUAUUUACAACAUUAAGACACUUAUGAUCAAGCGUGAGCUUGCAAAAGAUCCAGAAUUGCGAUCUCAGAACUGGGAAAGAUUUUUGCCCAAGUUCAGGCAUAAAAACUUGAGUAAACGCAAAGAACCUAAAAAGAAGACUAUUAAAAAGGAAUACACACCAUUCCCACCUCCACAGCCAGAAAGCAAGGUUGAUAAGGAGCUGGCAACAGGAGAGUUCUUCCUUAGAGAAAGUCAAAAGAAACGGAAGAAAUUAGCUGAGAUAAGGGCAAAACAAGCGGAAGCGCUUAGUAAACGACAGGAGGAAAGGAAGAAAGCCUUCAUUCCACCUAAAGAAAAGACGGUGAUAAAGCCCCAGAAAGCAACCGCAGAAAACAAACUGGACAUUGAUCUCAUUAAGGAGAAGGUGAAAAGGGCAAAGAAAAAGAAGCUAGGUGCCCCACCAGAGGAAGAGACCAAGCUUAAAAUUGCUACAUCAGAAAAGAAAAAAAAGAAAAAGAAAUUAUGAUCUUAGAGGGUUUUUUGUACUUUUCACUGAGUGAGGCAUAUUUAAUUUAUUAAGUAUGCAGUUUUACAGGUCUGUUUUAGACUGGGAGGUCUGCAUUCUGGAACAUGCAUUUUAAAUUGGUUUGUUGUUCCUGUCUGAAAUGUGGUGUAUUAGUGAAAAGACUUAUUCCUAUAAAUAUUUUGCUUUCUGUGAAAGAAUAAAAACAGUAUGACUCUAGAGUUCUGCAUUACUGUUUGUAAAUCUGUACUGUGGUUUUGAGUGAACCAUUAUAUUAAAAAAAACUGGCUUGAUAUCCAGACAUACAUUUUAUAUGUGCAUAUCAUUAUUUUAUUGCUCAAUAAACAUGUUUUUCAGUUA